AUGGACUUUAAAGGUCAAUUAGCUUCUGCUUUGGUGCUUAAUGUUGUGCUAAAGUUGAUAACCUUUUCACUGAGCACCCUGUUAACGCGUCAAUUAGAACCAAGUGAGAAUGGUGUAAGUUUCUCAUUUCUCUUAUAUUAUAAUACUGUAUUGUAUCUUGCGAGAGAAUGUGUACGUAGUGUAAAUGCACGAUACAACUUGGUAGACAAGGCUGAAAAUGGCACGGUAGUCUUGCAGGUAAUAAAUUGCGCAUUCAUCUCUGUUCCACUAGGUAUUCUUGUGAUGAUAGCAUUAGAGCUUAUUUCUUAUUCUGGUAUUUAUGUAUUCCCAUCUUUAUCUGCACUCUCUCGUGUGAGUGGGGUAAGUUCGAUUCCUUCUACUGUUAUUGCGAACCAUGAUGAAACUAUAGGUAUAAUAGGUAUACCAGAACUUUUUCUAGCAUUAAGUGUUAUCAUUACAUUGAUGAUUGAGCCAUGUAUAACUCUUCUUCGUUCUUUUGAUUAUUUUCGUUUUAUUGUGGCUUCUGAAUUUUGGGCAUUAAUGGUACGUCUUGUUGUGACUUUAAUAUUUGUACGGAUUUUUGGUGAUUAUUUUAGUAGUGAUCCAUGGAUUGUACGUAUGUGUUUCGCUACGGGUAAUUUUGCGUAUGCCCUCACGACGGUGGGUUAUUUUCUCUGGUUGUGGAAUAGUAAUGACUGUAAAGGUAGUCAAGAUAGAGUUCCACUUCUUCAUCAGGCUCGUGCCAAUGCGGCGUUAAAGAUUUCCGGUGGAGUGAAGGAUCAUGUUUCUAUCUCUAUUUCUAACUGGCGUAUUUUUCUUCCAUGGGGUUUUCUUUCAUGGAGUAUCUUUUAUGCCUCUCUUAUGAGAGAGUGGUCGUUGAUGUUUCAAUUCUUCCGCGAGAGUACACUUCGGCUUGUGCUUGCUGAAGGGGAGCGGUUUGCGCUGGUGGCGUUUGGUUCUGCUGCGGUGAUGGGCCGAUAUGAUUUCGUGGCGAGUCUUGGCUCGCUGGUGGCGCGAGUGGUGUUUAGUGUUUGGGAAGGGGCGUGUUUUACAAAGUGGAGUCGCGAUGCGGCGUGUGGAAAAGGGCGUGAGGCCGUUGCGUUGUUACUAUUGAUGUUGCGAGUGUCUUUUUACUUUGGCGCUGCGGCUGUACUUGUGGGCCCGCCACUCGCCGAGUCGUUUCUUACGUUUGCCUUCACGCGGCGGUGGGCGACAGUGGCGACGGUGCGUGCGCUGCAACUGUACACAUGUGUGUUGUUGCUGCUUGGAUGGAAUGGGCUGUUGGAUGCAUUUGUGCGGGCAACGGCGGCGGCACGUACACUGCAGCGAGUGCAGGCCACACUGCUCUUUCAUGCUGCUCUCUAUGUGAUUGCCUGUUUUCUUCUUCUGCGGCCUACAGCUAGUGUAGAUCCACACAGCCCCACAGAGCGUAUGGAGGAGAAUAAUAGUAAUAAUAAUAAUAAUAAUAAUAGUAAUGGGGAUCCGGUGGUGGGACUGUUGUGUAUUACGGCUGCUAGUAUGGCCCUGCGGUGUGUCGUGUCUUUGUGUGUUCUCCACCGCUCCUCGCUGCAGACGCGAGUGACGCUGUGGGAUUUACGCGCCGCCUUUAAUUUCCGCGUCACUGCGGUGUGGGCGUUGUUGUUUCUCUUCACACGAUGUUUACAUGCGGCGACGGCUAUUUUGGCAGGACCGCUCUUCGGAGCCGCCAUUCUCGCGUGGGAUCCGGAGAUACGCGGGAUGUUACUCGCUGUUGUGCGGCGAUAA